AGCGCACUUGCCAAGGCUCCGUCUGCUCAAGCUUUCCUGAAGCACCUGAGCCUUCCGCCAAGAGCGUCACCGAUCUCGCGAGACGACGGUUCCUCGGAGGACACAAAAUUCCCCGGCUGCUAGGGCCGAGGAUUUUUACGAAGCUAAAUUCCAAGGUGCAGAAGUGGCUGUGGGUUGUCGCCUCUAAUCGCUCAGAAAUCAACCCCCGGUUCCACAGGGAAAGCUAGGACUCCGGCCGCCAUGGACGGGCAGCAAGGGCAGGAAAGUCCCGCAGCCCUAGCACUAGCCCAGGCUCAUUUCAAGAAAGGUGAAUACGCGGAGGCCGAGGCGCUGUACUCCGCUUACAUUCGCCAGUGCGCCUGUGCAGCCUCGGAGGGAGCAGCUCGCGGGAGCAAAUGCAGCCCUGAGGAUUUGGCUACUGCGUUUAACAACAGGGGGCAAAUCAAGUACUUCAGGGUUGAUUUUUACGAAGCCAUGGACGACUACACAUCUGCUAUAGAAGUCCAACCCAGUUUUGAAGUUCCGUAUUACAACAGAGGCUUGAUAUUGUACAGGCUGGGAUACUUUGAUGAUGCUUUGGAGGAUUUCAAGAAAGUAUUAGACUUAAAUCCUGGAUUUCAAGAUGCUGUUUUGAGCUUAAAACAGACUAUUCUAGACAAAGAAGAAAAGCAAAGAAGAAAUUAUUGAAAAUUUUAACUCAUGAUCCUAAUGGCUGGCAUCUCCUUGUCUCUUAACUGAAAGCUGGUGUUAAACUAUUUUGAUUUAUAUUUAAGAUAAAGAGAUUCAUGCGUCAGUACUGAAAGUUACAUGCUGUACUUGACGUAAUUGAUUUUAGGUUGAGUAACUAUGUUGAGUAGGUAUGCUUUUAUAAAGUGUAAAUAAUUAAUAAGAAUGUACAAUUGUAUCUUAUUACAGUAAAAUAUCUGAAGAAAUGUGUGGUAUUUUCUUCAGGAAAACUGUUUUGCUAUUUUUUAUUCCCAACUUUUUAUUUAAAAAUUUUUACCUCCGCAGAAAAUUGGAAGUAUGGUACAAUAAACACUGUUAAACUUUUCA